AUGGGAUUUAAUAUUAAAAAUAUAGAUGGGAAAUAUAUCAAAUCAUCUCACAAGAAGGUUGAUGAGUCAAACUCACUCAAAAGACCCUUAGAUAACAAGAAUUUUGAUCAAGAUAAAAGGCCCAAAACUACAAGUACUUCAACAGUCAACUCAAAUUCACAGUUAAAAGAUGUUUUACAUAUACUACCGAAAACUGUCAAUAACUCACCAGCACCACUACCAGAUAGAAAAAAAUUCAUAGAAAGAAUCGCAAGUAUAAUGUUGAAGAAGGAUCCGUCAAUUCAAACACCAAAACUAAAAGCAAUUGAAUUUGAAUAUGACAUCGCUAAAAAUUCCACGAUAAGAACGUAUUCUUCGACAUUAAGAAAUGCAGUAUAUAAAUUGGAGCAUCCAGAAAAAUUUGAUAAAAAUAAUGGAAAAAAUAAUCUAAGUAGUGAAGAAGAAUUGAGAAUACUAAAAUCAAUGAUUAUACCAAGAGAUAAGUUACAAAAAUUUGGAUAUAUUAUAAAACCACCAACGUCAAAACCUAACACCAACUUAACUAGAAUAUGUAGUAGAUGUGGAACAGAAUUCAAAUUAAGUCAACAACUAGAUAAAAUUAAAUGUCUAUUUCAUCAUGGGAAAUUACGUCGUAAAGUUGGAGAAAAACUGAGGUAUUAUGAUUGUUGUAUGGCUCCUCAAGAUAGUCAAACUCCAUGUGAAAGUUCAGAUCAUCAUGUAUAUCAAGUCACACUACCGGAAGAAAAACAAUCAUUACUCCCUUAUAGAUAUACAACUGAAAUAUUCAGAAGUAAAGCACAAUUUCAAGUUCUUGGUAUAGAUUGUGAAAUGGGGUUCACCACAAAGGGAUUUGAGUUGAUGAGAAUUACAGCGGUUGAUUAUUUUACAUUAAAAACUGUUUUAGACAUAUAUGUUUUACCAUUUGGUGAAGUUGUUGAUUUAAAUACAAGAUAUUCAGGAAUAUCCAAAAUUGAUGAAAAAUUUAUAAAUUUUAAUGAACUGAUGCAAAAAUUAGGAGAAAUUAUGGAUCAAAAUACAAUUCUAAUAGGUCAUGGACUAGAAAAUGAUAUGAACUCAAUGAGAUUGAUUCAUAAUAAUAUCAUAGAUACUUCAAUAUUAUACCCCAAAUUCGAAACAAGUGCUACAUUUAGAUGGAGUUUAAAAGAUUUAGCUUUUAAGUACCUUAGUAAAAAUAUUCAAAUCGGAGAGCAUGAUAGUGCAGAGGAUUCAAUUGCUGCAAUAGAAAUUGUAAAAUUUCAUAUUAAAAAAUAA